UUUAAACCAAUAGUUAGGAGUAGGGCGUGACAGAAAACCGGGAAGGGGCCUGUUAGCAGAGACCGGGUGAAGCAGUUAUUGUCGCAGGUAGGGGUUAGUGACCGUACCUUCCUCUUCCUGGUCUCGCAGCUUCCUAUGCAUACACUAUCAUCUCCUUUGCAACGCGACGGACGAUGUGGCUGUGAGCAGGUCGGGCUGGAAAUCGGGGCUGGAAAACGGGAAGAACGGAAAGUGGGGGAGACAUGGAGAAGGAGUUCCGAGAAAUAGACGCAGAGAAUGGCUGGAAUUCGGUUUAUGGGGAUGUAAGAAAUGAGUCUCCUUCAUUGCCCAUCAAAAUAGCAAAGAAUCCUGAAAACAAAAGUCGUAAUAGGUACCGUGAUGUUAACCCAUAUGAUCAUAGUCGUGUCAAACUUCAGAAUAUGGAUAAUGACUAUAUCAAUGCCAGCCUUGUUGUUGUUGAAGAAGCCCAAAGGAGUUACAUUUUAACACAGGGCCCUCUUCCCAACACCUGCUGCCAUUUCUGGUUAAUGGUAUGGCAACAAAAAAGUAAGGCAAUUGUGAUGUUAAACCGAAUUAUUGAAAAGGAUGCGGUAAAAUGUGCGCAGUACUGGCCUACCCCAGAGGAAGAGGUUCUAUUCUACAAGGAAACUGGGCUUUGUGUCAAACUGCUGUCUGAAGAUAUCAAGUCCUACUACACAGUCCGAUUACUACAGUUACAAGAUAUUAAAACAGGAGAAACAAGAGAUAUUUUCCACUUCCAUUAUACAACUUGGCCAGAUUUUGGGGUACCACAAUCUCCAGCUUCAUUCCUAAACUUCUUGUUCAAAGUACGAGAGUCUCGUUCACUUAGCCUUCAAAAUGGACCCGCUGUAGUUCAUUGCAGUGCUGGAAUUGGACGCUCUGGGACAUUUUCACUGGUUGACACCUGUCUUGUCUUGAUGGAGAAAAGAAAGGACCCAUGUUCGGUUCAUAUCAAGCAAGUUUUGUUGGAUAUGCGAAAGUAUCGCAUGGGACUAAUUCAGACUCCAGGUCAACUGAGAUUCUCCUACAUGGCAGUAAUAGAGGGAUCAAAAUGUAUCAUGGGUGACUCAAGUCUUCAGGGCCACUGGAAAGAACUCUCACAAGAAGACCAAAGCCCUAAAACAGACAGACUCUCUCUCCAAAGACAGUCUGCUGAGAGGUGUAACGGAAAUAGGCUUUCGGAUCAAGUUAAAAACAGUUUGGAAGCCUGUAUUAAACCUCAGGACGACGGGGAAGGCAAGCCAGAAAGUUCAUUUCGGAGGAGACAAGAAGACAGGAAAGCAAGUGCUACCCAGAAGGACCAUAUUGAAGAACUUCCAGAUUAUGAUGAUGAUGAGGAUGAUGAUUCCAUCAAAGCAGACCGAUAUUCCUCUCUUCAUAGACAGCCUGGAGAGCUCUACAAUGGUAACAGACUUUCAACAGAAGACCAAGAAAUAAAUGAGAAUAAGUCAGAAUCCAGUAUCAGACCUCAGGAUGUUGUGGAUGGCAAUGCAGAAAGUGUAAUAAGGAAGAGGCACCGAGAGGACAGGAAGGCAAAUACAACCCAGAAGGUGCAGAAAAUUAUGAUGAAUGAAGUGGAACGAAAAAGAAAAAGGCCGAGGCUCAACGACACCUAAACCUCCACGGCUUCUGACUAUUCUACAGCAAAUAAAGUGUGAAACCACUGACAUGCAAAGCAAGACAUGAAACCCUCUCCAGGAUCAAAUGUGAGGUUUAGUAAUGAGCCAACCUCAUUGUGUUUUCUGUUUACCAAGUAAACUUCGCCAUCCAGGGGGUCAAGAACAUCACCAGCAUCAGACUUUGCAGAACAAGCUCGCUUCAUGUUUUGUCAAGUGUUUUCUAAUGCAUGUACUGUAGAAAUGUAUGUAAGAUACUUUAGAAGAGUACUUUGUAUCAUUCUGCCAUUUACACUGUAUUUUUAUACUUUUUUUGGCAGCAUUAAAUAUUUUUUUAAAAUCU